AAAGAAAGCAACACAGGGGGCACUAAGACCUUCCUUCCGAGAACUACAAGACAAACCCAGUGUACUCGACUGUACACGUCUUCCUGUCCACAGUGCUGCUGAACUGGAGCCCCGCUGGACACGGACUGCGAUUAAACAGGUGUCAUGGCAAGCAAACCUGCAGUGCUGAUGCGGCUGAUGGCCUCAGCCUACGCCGUGGCCGAAAAGGCUGGAACUAUUGUCCGGAAAGUGCUUCAAAGUGGAGAGCUGGGGAUCGUUGAAAAGUCAGGAGCCAAUGAUCUACAGACUCUGGCUGACAGGCUUGUUCAGAAGAGUAUAUGUGCAUCCCUGUCGAAAAGCUUCCCUAAAGUCACUAUCAUUGGGGAGGAGGAAUUACCAGCUGAGGCUGUUGAAGAGGACCUAAUAGAGAACGGACAAAGCAGCCUAAUUCUACAAAAAUCUUGCCCGGAUCAGUAUGCCAGCCUGAAGGAGGAAGAGCUGGUUGUGUGGGUGGACCCUCUUGAUGGCACUAAAGAAUAUACAGAAGCUGCAAGGGUUUUGUACAGCCCAGUUUACAUACAGAAGCCAGAACAACCCUACAGAGCCCCUAACCGGCUCUUGGAUCAUGUGACAGUGCUAAUAGGCAUUGCUUAUAGAGGGACAGCCAUUGCUGGAGUCAUCAAUCAACCCUUCUACAACUACAAGAUGGGGACUGGUGCUUCUUUGGGCAGAACAUUAUGGGGAGUACUGGGUUUGGGCGCAUUUGGAUUUCAACUCCAGGAAGUCCCAGAUGGUAAAAGAAUCAUUACUACUACACGGUCCCAUAGCAAUAAACUUGUGAUCGACACAGUGCAAGCCAUGGAGCCUCAUGAUGUCAUCAGAGUGGGAGGGGCUGGGAAUAAGAUCAUCCAGCUGGUGGAGGGAAAAGCCUCUGCUUAUGUGUUUGCCAGUCCAGGAUGUAAAAAGUGGGACACAUGUGCACCUGAAGCAAUUCUGCAAGCAGUUGGAGGCAAACUGACAGACAUGCAUGGUAAUGCAUAUACAUAUGAUGCCAAUGUGCAGCACAUGAACUCCGCUGGAGUGCUAGCAACACUGAGGAAUCACGAGUACUAUUUAAGCAGAGUGCCACAGGCUGUUCUACAGGCUCUUCCUUCUAACUGAACCAUUACAGGAUAUGAAGUCAUACUCU